AUGCUUUCCUCUGCCUGGACUAUCGUGUCUUCCUGCUGUCUGCGCCGAGAAUGCACGCCGCAUUCUCGUCUGGGCGGGCGCGCGGGGCUGGGUGCGGAGUUUGACGCAGCGGACGACCGCUGCCCAACGUCGCCCGUGGAGCAGCUGGUUCACCUGUUGCCUCCGCUGGCCCCCAGUGUGCUGCCUGAGCCGUCGAUUCCGUUGCCUGUGGCUGUCGCGUUACCUCGGAAGCAUUUGCCUUUCUCGUCGUCUGAGCCAUCUCCUCUCUCCGGCGCAGACGCCGUCGUUCAGCUCCUGUGCGACCCGUCCGCGCCUCCGCUUCUCACGGCGCUUCGCUUCAUCCUCGUGGCAGCCGCUGCAGGCGGGCGGGUGCGGCCUGCCUACUACGACGCCUCGGGGGCCGUGCACCCGUAUCUGCUGCCUUUCUUCGAGGGCGAAGGCGACGAGCCUCUCUUCUUGUGCGUAUGCCGCCAGCCUGAGGCCGCGGAGCGCAGCGGCGACCCCGCCGCUCGGUCCUACGAGCUGAGUGUCCACGCCCCGAGCUCUGAUGCCCCUGCGCUGCUGAGCGCGGCGGGGAGAGGGCUCCUGCAGCACCUCAGUUCCUGCCGGCGCGCCUUUCCAGGUCCGACCAACAGCAGCGGCGCUUUCAGCGAAGGCGAGCUGGUCAACGGGGCUUCGAAGACCGACCUCGAGACCGCUUUCAAAGCCAUCCAUAGCAUCUCCGGCAGAGAAGACACCGUGGAGAAGUUUCCCGAGCCCCUGCGCAGAAGCGGAGAAUCCCCCUUCGCGUCAGGGAGCGGCGACUUUGACGCGCCGUUUCGGAGUCGAGUUGGCGGGCGGCAGGACGAGUUCCGGAGCGCGCCACGCAGGUCACACAGCGGGGAUCUGAGCCGCUCGCGGCUCUCGCGCGCCCCGACCUCCGGCUACUGCGACUGGCCGUCUUUCCGUCCCGCCGCUCCGCCCUUCUUCGGGCGACCGUGCCCAGCAUGCGGCGGGCUCAGCCUCUCUCCGGAGGCGUGGCGCCAGUUCCUGGCCGCGGCGGCACACGAGCAGGGACUGCCGCCGCGCUCUGCCGAUGUGCUGUUCGCGCGCGUGGUGCGAGACCUGCAGAAGCAGUUUGCGCGGCAGGGGACUGCGUCGAGUGCGUCGUCAGUGUCUACCCUGCACAGGUGGACGCGAAGAGAGCAACGGAAUCUGUCCCUUCUUCUGCUUGCUGCCCUCGCGUCUGCUGCGGAGGCUGCAGGCGCCGAAGUGGAGCUCGCAGCGGCCCGAGCGGCGGCGCUCUCGCCCUCCACGUUCUGCGUGAUGGGGGCCUUCUCAGACAAGUGGUUACCGAAGUCGUUCCAAGUCAAGGAAGUCCUCGUGCUCCCCCCAGCCUCCAGCCUGACCAUGGUCCAGACCCGCCGAGGCGCGGGGCUGCUCGGCGUCACGGGCGACGCCUUCGGGCUGCGGAACGAGGCUGCGGCAACUGUCAGAGCUGCCGCGGAGACCCUGGCCGCGGAACUAGCCGACGGCGACCUCGGCUCCCGAAGCGGACUUCCAGCCUCGCCCCAGACCGAGAGUCGCAGUCUACAGAGGCGCCUGGCCACCAUGUACAGAGCUCUCGACGAACUGCAUGCCCUGCUGCCUUGUCAGUUUGUCAACCAAGAACAAGCGUUCGUCUGCCAGACCCGAGGUGUCUCUCUCGGGGGGCUCGUCGUCGGCGUCGGCCCUGAUGCGCAGAAAGCCAGCGACGUCGUGGCUCUUCAUAUUCUACGAGACCUGCUGACCCGAGUAUACGCAGGGAUGCCUCCGGCGCGCUCGGCGAAAGCCCGCAGCUCCGCUCUUAGCCAACCGGCGCCGGACCGCCUCGAGAGGCUUCUGCUCGACUGCAUGCAAGGUGUGGCGGCGUCGCUGGACAGGCCGCCGGCGGUCGCGGCGUCGGCUCCGGUCUCUUCGUCCUCUUCUGGGCUCCUUCCCCUGGUCACUUUCCCUUUCUCGAAGGCGGCGGCGUGGACUGGUGAGUGGCCCACCAGUCCGUCCGCACGGGGGCGGAGAAAGGCAGGCGGAGGAGAACCGACGGCGGCUGACUCUUCUUCUCCCUUCAACGCCACGACGAGCGGAUGCGCCGCAUGCGUCUGCCUCGUUCAUGACCUCGCCAAGCGCCUUCUGGUCUGCCACGUAGGCGACGUGACGGCUAUCCUGGCGCGUCCGCUGCCGGCUGGUCCGACGCGAGGGCCUGCGGGAAAGCGCGACAAAACGAGGAAAGCCGAAGGACGCGAAGCAACAGAGAGAGGCGCCGCCUUCGGGGAAGCAUCCCGCUGGAACACGAACGACGGAGGCGGCGGCGCGGCUCCCGCAGGCCCGGAAGCCUCGGGGGUGCGGCCGGCUGGAGCAGAAGGGCCUGGAGACAGAAUGACGAGAGGCGAGGAAGACGGACGUCGACACGAUGCCGGCAGAGACGGAAGGGCGUGUCAAGCAGAAGGAGGGGGCGGUACCGACAGGCUGUCGGCACGGUCGGCCGCGAAAGCCGGCAGAGAGACAGAAACCCCCUCGAUCAAGAUGCCGCAUGCUGACACGGAGCCUCAUUUCUUCGGCCUCGUCGCCCACAAUUGUGAACCCGACCGCGGCGCAGUUCUUGCGGGAUUCGCGUUCGAGGCGAUCGUUCUCACGCGGGAGCACACACUCCGCGCAGGAAAGGAGCGAAAACGCGUCAUCAACGCAGGCGCAGUCGCGCUAGGCCACGUCAGCGGCACGGAGUCCUCUUCGUCGCGUAGCGCGACCAGCAAGCACGUGACGCCCCCGCGGAGCCCUCCGCAGCUGCCGCUUCCAGAGUCGGAGAGCCCCGUGGGGGGAGAAGCUGACGCGGCCGGCGGAAGCUGCUUUGCGUCUCGGCUGGCAGACGGCGGAGAAGGCCCGGGAAGCUCCAGAGACUUGGCCAGUGGCAACCCUCUUGCGCAGGGCUCCGCGCGCCGCCCGCGGCUUCACCAGCAGCAGCUCCCGCAUCAACGCUUCCUCUCAGAAGGACCGCCAAGUCUUUUCCUGUGCCCUGACACCUCGUGUCCGCCCCUUCGGUGCACGCGCCUUCUCGGCAUGACCGCCGCCCAGCAGUACGGGGUCUGCAGCACCCCCGAUGUCGCCUCCGUCGACAUAAGCAAGAUUUCGUCUUUCGGCUUUGUCCUCGUGGCCUCCUCCGUGAUCUGGGACCUUUUGGAUCCCCAGGAUGCCGUCGACCGCGUGGCCCGCGAGCUGCGGCGGCAGCACGUUGAGGAACUGCGUCUGGCGCGCGAGAGGCACCUCAGAGUGGUGCGGCAGCAGCACCGCUUCCUCCGCCUGGCGCGCCGAAGCCUGCAACAUCAUCAGACUUCCGCCACGCACUCGCUGCAUGAGAUGAGAGAAGCGGAGGACGAUGCGCGCUGGACUGCCUCUGAGGCCGCGGCGAAACCUGGCUCGGCGUCAUUUCUUCGGCGAGACUCCGAGACUGAAGGCAGGAGCCGUCGGAGGGAGGCCUUUGAAUGGGCGAGACUCAAAGGUGACGCGGAGGAAGGCGAGACAGAGGAGAGCGGCAGUGAAGAAGAAGGCGACCGUGAUGAGGUCACGAGUUUGCCAGACGCAUCCGACGAGGAUGCGAGUAGUUCCGCCAUCUCCAGUGCAGGAAAGCCCCACCCAGACUCGACGACACAACGAGGCAGAAGUCUUCGCGCAGGCGGCCGAGACCAUGAGGGAGAGAAGGCGUCACCUGAGCUGCACGCGCCGUCUCUCUCGCGGUCCUCCUUCUCGGCUUCCUCCCGAUUCCCGACUCUAUCGUCGACGCGGGCUGCCACUAUCCGGCACGGCUUCACGCGCGAAGAUUCAGUGCUCUGCGAAGUUCGAGGGCGCGUCGACGCGGCGGCGGAAGCCUCCUUAAUGGGUGUCGACGCGGCGCGCGCGACGGCGGGGCUUUUCAGUGAGAAGAGGGCAGGAAGAGAACGGUGCGAGGCAACGGGCUUCCCAGUUGGCCUAGAUUUCCAGGCCGCUGCAACUCUGGUUGUUCAGCAGUUCAUGGAAGAGUGGCAACUCCAGCGGGAGGGUCUGAGCAUGCCGGACGCGACGGUUGUUAUUAUUCCUUUUAGAGCCCCUUCGCCGGCCGCCAAAGACUCUCCACGGCGCCGCGGAACUUCAUAUCCCAACCGAGAGGAGGCAUCAGAAGCAAAGAAAAGCAAGCGCAGAAGUCACCACCGAAGAGGGAACGAGCGGGAGACUGGCAAACGUGCCUAA